AUGUCAAGCGAACAAACGCCGACGCCUUCUGAUUCAAAACCAAAUAGUGGGAGUGGAGAUCACAUUAAUCUAAAAGUGGUCGGAAACGAUCACAAUGAAAUGUUUUUUAAAAUCAAACGAAGCACGCAACUGAAAAAAUUGAUGGACGCAUUUUGUACGAGGCAGGGCAAAUUGCUAAAUUCGGUUCGAUUUCUAUAUGACGGUGAACGCAUACGUGAGGAUCAAACUCCUCAAGAGUUGGAUAUGGAAGAUGGGGACACCAUUGAUGUGAUGGUCGAGCAAACAGGCGGUAGCGCUCUUGCAACACAACGAAAUCAAAGUUAA